GAGGUUAAAGGGUUAGGAGGGGCCGCACACAUGGGGGAACUUGGCGAACACCGGUCUAGGUCUAGUCUGCUCAGCAUCCCAGUCCUGGAUAACAAGACUUCGGGCGGGUCAGAGUACAGGGAGAGCGAUGGCAGUUUGGACCUUCAGAGUACGUUAUUUGAGGACCACUGGCUGCAGAGCUCCCAAGCCACCACAGAGCGAAACACAGAUGAUCCAGAAGAGGAAAUCCCCCCAGAGGAGAUGGUUGGGGAAGAGCUCCCCGAGGUCUCCAAUCUGGAGGAUUCUCUUCGACGAGACCUGGAGGUGGAAGUGGUUGGAAUGAGCCACCUGUCCAUCAAUGAGCGGACUACUCCCACCACCUCCUCAGCCAAGUGCAGGAAAAAGAAGAACCAUAGGCUACUGGAACUGGCAAAGCCCAAGUUCAACUGGCAGUGUCUGAAAGACAGGACGGGGCGCUGUUGUAAGGGCCAUGUCUGGAUUUCCCCACGCAAGACCAACUUGCAGUUCUGCCUGUAUUGGCCUUCUGUAUACUGGACGGAGCGAUUUAUUGAGGACACCACGUUGACCAUCACAGUCCCUGAGGUGUCCCGCCGUCUGGAGGAGCUUUCGAGGCCCAAGAGGUUCUACCAGGAAUAUUACAACAACAACAGGACCACGCCCAUCUGGCCCAUCCCUCGGUCCACUUUGGAGUACCAAGCUUCUAACCGGCUGAAGCGACUGGCUACCCCGAAGAUUCGCAAUAACAUCUGGAGUAUUGACAUGUCUGAGGUUUCCCAGGUGUCCAGGGCAGCCCAGAUGGCAGUCCCUACCCCACGGACUCUUCGAUUGGCAAAGCCCAGGGCCCCAGCCACCCUGUUGGAAGAGUGGGACCCUAUGCCAAAACCCAAGCCUUAUGUGUCAGACUAUAACCGCCUUCUUCAGCUGGCAAAGCUUAAACACCCAGAUGUUGGGGCUAGACAGACGGCUCAGCGGGUAAGAGCACUGGCUGCCCUUCCAGAGGACCGGGGUUCGAUUCCUCCCAGCACCCACACGGCAGCUCACAACCGUCAGUAACUCCAGCGUCCCGGAGCAGACACGCUCUUCUGGCCUCUGCCUGCACCAGGCACACAUGCGGUGCACAGAAUUGCACACAGACAACACCACUCAUACAUAUUAAAUAAUAAAAAUCGUUUUAAAAAA